AUGCAAACUAAUAGCGCCAAUCAAUCUAGUCUUAAUCAAAUCGAGUAGAUGCUUCAUUCAUAGAUGGUUACAAUUUAUGAUUUGAUGGCAAGGAUGAGUAUCGACUAAACCCAAGCUAAAUAAUUGAUGAUGAACUAUGCAUUUAAAAGUAGCAAAAAAUCAAAUUUGCAAUUGAAGAAGCUAUUCAUGAUUGAACGAUUAAGUGUGGAACACUAAGAUCAGCUUGAGUUUAAGCUUGUAUAUGAGCAUGAACUUUAGAAUAUAAUAAAAUCAGGCUAAGUAUUGUAGAAUGCUUACAUAUAUGCAUUGUUUAAUGAGAGUUUUGAUAUUGAUAGAGAGUUGUUCAAUAAUAAGAGGCUGGGAGACUCAUUUAACACAUUCAACCAAGUUUUUACCUUUGAUCACUCAAACAACGUCAUUCAUCAAAAUGCCAUUAACAGAAAGAAACUAGGAGGAAAACCAGGAUAAUCUGGGAAAGAAGAACUAAAGACAUAACCAAAGCCUUUAAAUGGAAAUAAUAUGCCUGCUAACAAAUAAUAAGCCACCACAACAACUAAUAAUGCAGGUGCAAAUAAGCCAGCAAAUAAUCCAUUUGCAAGGCCUAAUAAUUAACCUGCCAACAAACCGUAAUAACAAACUCUAAUGGCAUCAAAUAAGUAAACUGUAAUUUAAGAGCAAUAAAAGAUUCACUUAGUGGAUGAAAGGAAGUAAAACUAAGCAACUUAAAACUAGUCAAGCAUAAUGACUAAUAAGCCUAUAAUGAAGGGCGAUGAACCGAUGAGAUCUUAAUCUCCAGUUAAGAACUAACCAACUGUCUAAGCUAAGGCAUUCCCUACUAAAAUGCAAGAGGUUGUUCAUAUUAAAGAUGAUGAAAUGAUUGAUGAACAUAUGUCAGGUGAGAAGCCUGCAUCAAAGAAUAGAAGAUCGGGAGGUAGUGAUUUGUAGAAAUCCUAGAAUUAGUCUAACUAAGCAAAUGGUCUUCUCAAGAAGGAUGAAUCAUAGGAUUCGAUAAUUAAGAAGCUAUAGAGUAACAAAAUAUUUGAUAGUGAUGAGGAGGGUGAUAAGAAAAAGCAAGGAUCAGGUGGCAAGCGACUUAAGAAAACUUAGGAUAUAGAUAUGAAUAAUGAAGAAGAGGAAUAAGGUAUUAGAAGGGAUCGCAAGACAAAUCAAAAAAAGAGAACAAUUAACUUGGAUGAUGAAGAGGACGAUAGAAACAAUGAAAUGGAUGUUCAGUCUAUGAGUUCAAUGAAAGAGAACACGAAUAUUUCCAAUAUGGUAAAACAAAAAAUGGGAGCCACGGUAGUUCAACCAUCUUAGAAUGAAAAGCCAAACGGUGAUAUUCCUUCAAAUACAACAGGCAUUGCUAAAGGAAGAAGAAAAGUCAUUAAACAAAGAUAGUUUUAUGAUAAAAAUGGCUAUGUAAACUAUGAAGACUACUCUAGCUUUGAAGAAUAUGAUUUACCUCCACCAAAAUCUCAGCCAGCUAAAUAAAUAUAGAAAACAGUGCUGAAUCUAACAGGAUAGGGCUAACCUGCAUAAACAUAGAAUGCACCUGUAUCUAAAGCCAAAGGUCAAUCAUCUCUAGCAGCAUUCUUCACUAAGAAAUGA